AGCUAAACAGGGACGAUGUUGCCGAAUGCCUCCGGCGUCAGCCGCUACGUCAGGGCUCAUGGCGGCCACCUACUGACGGCUAUAGCUCUGAUCUAUAUAUACAACCAUGCCUGGCCUGCGUUAUCACUAAGCAAACUUCUUCACACUUCGAUAGAGUUAAGGUUUCUGAUCAUCACUCUGCUCUGCUCUAAGCUUUUUUUCUGAAAAAUCUCAAAAGAAAUGGCAGCUAAAUCAUACGAAGAAGAGCACCCAGUGAAGGCCUUUGGAUGGGCAGCCACGGAUUCCUCUGGGCUCCUUUCGCCUUUCAAGUUUUCCAGACGAGCAACGGGUGAAAAAGACGUGCAGUUGAAGGUUUUGUAUUGCGGCGUUUGCCACUCAGAUAUUCACCAAAUCAAGAAUGAAUGGGGCAACACUACCUAUCCAAUUGUACCCGGACACGAGAUUGUUGGUGUGGUGACUGAGGUCGGAAGCAAGGUCGAGAAAUUUAAGGUCGGAGACAAAGUAGGUGUGGGAACUAUAAUUGGUUCCUGCCGGAGUUGCGAAAACUGCGCCAACGAUCUCGAAGUUUACUGCGACAAAGUACUCGUGACUUACAACGACCCUGGAACAGUGACGUAUGGAGGUUACUCCAACAUCAUGGUCGCCGACGAGCACUUUGUGGUCCAUUGGCCGGAAAACUUGCCCAUGGAGGCUGCUCCUCUGCUCUGCGCCGGAAUCACCACUUACAGCCCCUUGAGAUACUUCGGACUGGACAAGCCCGGAAUGCACAUCGGCGUGGUGGGGCUCGGCGGCCUCGGCCAUAUGGCCGUUAAGUUCGCCAAGGCUUUUGGGACCAAGGUGACCGUGAUCAGCACCUCGGUUGGCAAGAAACAAGAGGCAAUUGAGCGUCAUGGUGCAGACUCGUUCUUGAUCAGUCACGACCCUAAGCAAAUGGAGGGUGCAGUGGGAACAUUGGAUGGUAUAAUUGACACUGUUUCCGUGGCCCAUCCUAUUUUGCCAUUGCUGAGUUUAUUGAAGACUAAUGGGAAGCUUAUCUUGGUGGGUGCAAUUAUUAAGUCAUUGGAACUCCCAGUUUUCCCCUUACAGGAGGAAGGAAAGUAGUGGGUGGGAGUGCUACCGGAGGAAUGAAGGAGACACAAGAAAUGGUUAAUUUUUCUGCAAAGCACAACAUAACGCCAGACGUUGAGAUUGUUCCAAUGGAUUAUGUGAACACCGCCCUGGACCGCCUUAUGAAAAACGAUGUUAAGUACAGAUUUGUGAUAGAUGUUGGGAAAACAUUAAA